AUGGUGGCUGCUGGUCACUGUGUGGUGGAGGCCAGGUGGUGUCCGGCUCUCACUGCUGUUGCUCGGGUCCUGGAGCUCAGCCAGAGUGCUGUGACACAGCACAGCAUCAGGGAUGUGCUUAGAAAAAGCUUUAACAGCAGCAGUAGCAGCGGCACCAGUGGCAGCAGUAGCAGUAGCAGCGGCACCAGCAGUGACAGUAGCAGCAGAAGCAGUAGCAGCAGCAGUGGCUGGAAGGACUUAGGUAUCACAGACCUGGUGCCCAGUGCCUCCCACCCUGUGUCCUGGAAGGCCAGAUCCUGGACGUUGACAGAGGAGACCAGUCUGCCCCAGGACAACCCAGACACCACACUGCAGCUGCGGGAUGGCACAGCCUUGGCGUCACAGACAGCCAUCCUCACUGACAGCACCUACACUUCCUCGGCUAUCAGUCGAGCCGGGGAGAGGACCCUGCUCUCCGUCACCUCCUCCACUGGCAACAGCACCUCCUCUGCAUUCACGGAGGAUUCCAACUCCCAUCAGCCCCCCUCUACCUGGGGUGUCCCUGCUCAGGCCAAAGAGACUGAGGACUACACCCACAGCGCCCCAUCCACUCAGACUGACAGCGGGGACGCAACAGACGAGCACAUGACCAUGUUUUCAGAGACAGGGAGCCCAGAGGAGUCCAGAGUAACCCAGAGUUUAACUGAACCACCAAACGCCACGUGGCAUCAGCACACCUCAGAGACUGAGGAGACCUCCGACUCAACGACGCCUCUCAGAGUGACAGAGCUCAGCACCGACCAAUCAGACGUAUUGUUUUCCUCCACGCCUCCUGUCACCUCACCUGCAGGAGGUCCGACCAAUAUCUCAGGGACAGAGCUGGAGACCAGAUCUGAUGUGGGAACCUCCACUGAGGCAUCGCAGAGCUUCAGUACUCUGAAUCAGGAGGGCACCAAGGGGCUAUCAUCCCAGACCAGAGAGGAGAGCAUGGGCCCGGGUCUGACAACAGAGCCCCCUACAGUCAGAAGCAAUACACAUGAUAUGGAUGACUCUCUGACAAACACUCCAGUGCUGGUUACUGAAAUCUCCUUCAAAACUACACAGGUUCCUGUCACAGAAAGAUCAGAGACAACAGACACUUUUAAGGCCUUUACCUCCUCCACCACAUCCACCACCGUCCCUCCUCUAUCAGCAACCUCAUCCUCCCAUUUCAGCAGCACCAGCAGCAGCUCGACGUCAGAGUUACUCACCAAGGCCACCAUCCCUUACACCACAGCCCCCACCACAGCUCCCACCCCACCCCUGCAGACCUCAGCAGUGCACACAACUCGCAGCACGUCAUUGAGCCCCUCAACAGAGAGUGCUAACCCCACAAACGGCACCACCCUGCAGAUAGAAACUGGCACUCUGGGAGGUACCACCUCUCACAGCCAGUAUGUCACCACGCCCAACACCCACAGCACCCCGACCAGGAGCACAGAGGUCCUGCACACCACCGGGAGACAGAGUGGGAGGGGGACCACAGAGCUGGUGGUGACUACAUCACCCGCUGACAUCCAACCCACCAAAACACCACCACCACCAACAAGAGACCCCUGUGUGUCAAACCCUUGCAUGAACGGAGGGAUGUGUGUGAGCUAUAAAAGGCAUCUGUUCACCUGUCACUGUCAGCAGGCGUGGACAGGACCAACCUGCAACCAGGAUAUGGAUGAAUGUGAGAGGGACCCCUGCCCAGUUGGCUCCAGGUGUGUGAACACACGAGGCUCCUUCAGCUGCGAAUGUGCGCUCGGCUUCGACCUCGAGGACGGACGCACCUGUACCAGGGCGAAGACAUUUCUGGGAACGUUCAGCUUCAACAGGCUGCCACAAGACCCUGUCAUCUUCAAGAGCUCCACCAUGCAUGAGAUCCAGAGGGAGAUUAUUCAGCUGCUCAAUGCGUCGUUGUCAGUCCUUCAAGGCUACAGCCGCUCGACUCUGAGUAAGAAAGAGGAGGACGGGGUUCGUAUCUUUGCUGUCAACAUGUUUUCGAUCUCCACCGACGUGACGAGCGCUGAAGUCUUCAACAGCAUCCAGAUGUCUCUCAGCAACUGCAGCUCCUCGACGGCACACUGCCGUAUGGUCCUGCACCACCAGCUCACUUAUCAUGUGGAGAGUCUGUGUAUGGCUCAGAAGUCUCAGUGUGACACAGAGCGCUCCAUGUGCACAGACAGUGGAGGCACAGCGUACUGCCAGUGUCUUCAAGGAUACUACAAACACAAUCCUGAGGACUUGACCUGCCUCGAAUGUGGGGAUGGUUACAAGUUGGAAAACGGCACCUGUGUUCAGUGCAUGUUUGGAUUUGGAGGAUUCAACUGUGGAAAUUUUUACAAGCUGAUUGCAGUUGUGGUAUCACCUACAGGGGGCGCUAUGCUCCUUAUCCUCAUCAUCGCUCUCAUUGUCACCUGCUGCAGGAAAGAUAAGAAUGACAUCAACAAGAUCAUCUUCAAGAGUGGAGAUCUGCAGAUGUCCCCUUACGCAGACUUCCCCAAAAAUAACCGCAUAUCCAUGGAGUGGGGCCGAGAGACGAUAGAGAUGCAAGAGAACGGCAGCACCAAGAACCUGCUGCAGAUGACUGACAUUUACUAUUCUCCUGCGUUGCGUAACUCAGACCUGGAGAGAAAUGGCCUGUACCCAUUCACAGGUCUGCCGGGUUCUCGCCACUCGUGCAUCUACCCCGCCCAGUGGAACCCCUCCUUCAUUAGUGAUGAUUCACGAAGAAGAGACUACUUCUAACUGCUCCACCUGAAACACACACACGGAAACUCACCAUCUCUUAUAUUGUGAUGUGUCAUGUGGGUUUUCACAGUGAAGACGCUCAUGUGUUAGCUUCACUGUUUUUGAAAACCCAUCUGCAUUCAGGGCUGGACAUUAAUUAUGGAAAUGCGUGUGUGUGCGCAUAUCAGAGAAGUACACAUAUUUGCAAGUAAAAUCAAUCUGAUGAUUUCAGUGUUUUUGCAUGUUUUACCUCACUUACUUCAACUUGCAUGUACUUUACAUUACCGCUGUGGCUUUAAAGAUUGUUUCUUGUGUUUUCCUGUCCUCCAGGAAGCCACUGACCCUCAUUUGUCAUUAAAAUCUAUAGAGAAAAGCAUGAAUGCACAAUUGAAAGUAAAAGUAACUCAUCAACUGUAAACAAAUGUAAAUGCAUGUGAGGAAUCUGGGAAAACAUAUUUAAAUUCGAUUCAAAACAGCAGUAUUAUAAACUAUAUGUGAUCUGUCGCAAAUAGUGAAGAACAUGCAAAAAUACAUUGAUAAUGUAUGGUCCCUCAAGUGCUGAAAUAUGAAUAUGUGCGUGCCACUGCUGUGAUAUGGAAAUGAUCCGUUUCUUCAUAUUGAUGGAACAUGAUAAUAACAAACCACUGAAGGUUGUAAAUUAAUUUUUAAACCAGUGUAAGGUGAGGAUAGAAUUCCUGAUCUGAAAUUGACGUUUAUUUAUUCCCUGUAUGUUGAUAUUCUGUACAUGUAGCAUCGUGAACAUCUGAUUCGUACACACUGACAGACUUUGGAGGGAAAAAUAUGUUGCUUUAAAUGUGUGUGUGCACGCGUGUGCGUCCUCUAAGUAUUGGUGAUUGUGUGUGUGUGAGAGGAAUAAUUAACUGUAUAUCAGUGUUUGAAUGUAAAGGUGUAUAAUAAUUAGAUAUUUCUGAUGAGGUCUAUUUUUAUUUUUUUUUAUCGUAUAUGUUUAUAUGAUCUGUUGACUCUGGCGUUUUAGUCAGACGUUCUUAUUUAAAUAAAAUAAUAUA